AUGGUAUCAUAUCAGGUAGCUGAUUCACUUGAGAAAGGCACUGAACAUGAAGAUGAAUACAUGAUCAGUGAAAAGGAGCUCCUUGUUAACAGAUUUAUUUCUAUACCAAAAGACAUGGGAGCAUUUAACUGCGGGGCAUUUGUUGCUGGAAUAGUAAGGGGUGUUUUGGAUAGUGCAGGUUUUCCAUCAGUGGUAACGGCUCAUUUUGUACCUGUGGAGGGCCAGCAGCGACCACGUACAACCAUAUUGAUAAAAUUUGCUGAAGAGGAAACAGUGCUUGACAUGCAUCUGAAACCUGGCCUAACUGGAGCUGAGGCUGCAAAUGAACCAAGCUAUCCUGCUGGAGUAAUGGGCUGUUCAAUUUUGCCCUGUUGGAAUUUGGCCACAAGUUGA